AUGGUCCUCCGAAAGUGCACUAUAUGUGACCGCAAGUUCAAGAAGACCGAGCAUUUCAAGCGGCACGAACGGUCACAUACCAAAGAGCGCCCUUACGAAUGCAGUGUAUGCCAUAAGCGCUUCUCCCGGAGCGAUGUUCUAAGCCGACAUGCCAAGGGCCAUAAUCAACCCAAUGCCAGCGCAACUGCCGUGGCACAGAAAGAUCCUGCAAUCGGACAAGCUCCAGAUCGGCGGGCCUCGUUGAUCGCGGGUGCCACGCCAAUUUUAUCCGGUCCAGAAAAUGGGACACCGCUUCUUCCAGCUGUCGGUCUCGAGGCGCACCAAAUACACAGCAUCCCCACUCCUCGCGACAUGGCUCUCUCGGCGACUGGAAUUCCACCGUCGUCAUUGGACUUUUUGGCGGACGUGUCUGUUUUGAAUGAGCAGCAGCCCUACUUUGGAUGGAACGAAGUAGUGACUCCAGCGGAUCAGAAUGCGCAGCGCAACAGCAUAACCUUCGACAGCGUACCAAACGAUAUUCUGCAGCUGUGGCUGGAGCCGCGUACGGGCACGGGAUCCAAUCACGGCUCUCUGGAUAUGAUGCGAGAUGGCCAUUUCCCUAUCAUAAGCGAGAAUGCAGUGGUCACGCCGGAUCAACAGAACCGCAAUUCUGUCGACAGCGGCAAAUCGGGAUGUGACAAUAUUCCCACAGAACGUUUCACCAAGGUUCAACGGUGUUGGCUUGCACCACCAAACCACACGGGCCGCCUGAUGAACAGUCUGUGGCGGGACAUUGUCUACACAGAUACAGACAACCUCUUUUCAGUCAACUCGCGAUAUGUGGCAGAAGAAGCUGGCCUGCUUCAAGGAUCUCGUUGUGGUGUGGACGAUGAUUGCAGAAGGCGCCUUCAGGAAGCGUUUGGCCAGGCCUUUGCCUACCCGCAAAUGCAGUCACCAUGCAACGAGGCUACUUCCCCUUCCACAACCGGUUCCGCCUUUAUGUCAUUUGCCAAUUUCCCACCUGCAGAGAUUCUAGACAUGGCGCUAGACCUGUACUUCCGCACUUUUCACCCACUUGUACCUUUUGUCCACCUUCCAACCUUUUCGGCUCAGAAAUCGCGUCUUCCUCUCGUCUACGUGAUGUGUCUCAUUGGUAUGAUGCUGUUGGGAACCAAAGGGACAGCUAAUUUCGUCUCAAGAAAUUUUACUCAUAUGCUCGAGAAAAUAACGGCAGAACUUGCAAAGUGCACCAUGGGAGUUGAAUCUCCCGCCAGCGCGAUGUCCAUUUUUGCUACAGCUUUCUUGUUUCUCAAUCUUGCUGUGCUCACUGGGGAGAAACAUCAUUUGGAACAGUGCCAGAUGCUCUAUGUCAAUCUCAUGUCGAUCACUCAACGUCAUGGCCUCUUUGCUGCAACCGAAGGCCAAAUUCUCGACAUGAGUUUGUUUGAAAUGGUACCCGACAUCGAUAUGCGCUGGAAGGCAUGGUCAAAAGUUGAGACCUGCAAGAAAAUUAUCAUAGGGUUACUAUUUCUGGACUCUUGGUAUUCUGCUCUCCUUUCAACAAGCCCAAUCAUCGUUCCCGACUCGAUCCAAAUCAUUAUGCCCUGCAAUGAGGCCCUUUUCAAAGCUCAUUCAUCUAUACGCUGGACCCAGCUUAUCCGUAGCGGAAAGCGGAUCCUGAUGCCCACGGCGCUGGCGCCGUCGGAAAAUAUCAACAUACCCGCCCUCGAAGGGCCUAUGGAUGAGCUAUGUAUCCAGACUGUCCUGGCAAUGAUUCAACUCCGCCAGUCUGAGGCCUACCAUCGCCUCCUCUCCAAUCGUGCAAGCUAUCCGUUUGCCCCGUGUCAUACCUACGCUAUGGAUGGCCGCGCGAGAUGCCUUCCUUCUUUACAGUCCCAGAUCUCCAGCACCUACGGGGAAGCAAUGGAUCGACUGAACCCUAACGCCCUCGUGAUGUGGCAUCAUAUGUGCAUGAUGCUCACCGCCGACAUCCAGAUCUUCGAUUUUGCGGCUGGUCGAGCUGGACCGGGCCCAGCACGAAAGGCACUCGAUGAUAUUGCCGAAUGGUCGCAGACGCCAGCGGCAAGGAGGGCGUGUUUACACGCCGCCCAUAUCUACAAAGCAAUGACCAACCGCAAAGCCUCCGAUCAUCCCACUUUCCACUCUGUCUUCUCACUCUUCUCCGCGGCCCUCGUUCUGGGUUUGUACACAUUCAUGGCUCCCGCCUCUUCUAGCGGGUUGUCCAGUGUCGGCUCCAUCGAGUUGAUGGACGAUAUUGAUUGGCAACAAGUUGGUACGGAAGGGUUUACGAGCUUCAUGGAGCCGCGGGGAAGUCAGGCUUUCUCUCCAACUAAUGAUCCAGCUGUGAAUUUUAUUCGCAAUGGUGCAACGAUCUACUUGCGCGGUGUCCCCGUUCAGGGCGGUUAUCAGUCUGCUCGGCGUAUUCUUCUUGAUUAUGCGAAUCUGCUUAAAGAUUCGGGGAAAUGGAGCGUCAAGAAAUUCUCGUAUGUGCUUCAUAUUAUGAGUGACGUACUGAUGGACGUUGAGUGA